CACCUGCAGGUCCCAGACCCCAAGAUGCGCCCACUCUGGAGGCUCCUCGUCCUCCUCGGAUUGCUGGCCUUGCCCUCAACACUGAACAAGCAGCCACAGCUUGCCCUGGCCAAGGCCCACAUAGACAGCAGACCUACCCUGGCAAGAAUUAUUGUCCAAGGCCUCAUAAAGUACAACGUAGAAAGACGAAUCCAGAACAUUCACCUUUUGGACAGUCUAAAUGCCCCAGUGCAGGUGGACCCGGGGAUGCUGGGCUGGCUGAUCGGUUGCAGGAAACUCCAGCAGCGGCAAUAUAUCAGCACCAACAUCACCAACAUUCAACUGGACUAUGGUGGGAUCCAGAUGUCUUUUCAUAAGGAGCAGUUCUCUGCAAACAUCUCACUUGAAUUCGACAUUGAAUUGAGACCGGCCUUCAGUAACAUCAUACAGAUGCGCGCACACAUGAACCUCCUCGUGGCGUUCUGGCUGGAGACAGACGAGUUUGGCCGAAGAGAUCUGGUGAUAGGCAAAUGCCACACAGAGCCCAGCACUGUCCUCGUGACUGUCCCCCCUGAGGCCAUUCCAUCAAAGAUGAAGCACGCGCUCUUCAAUUUAAAAGAGAACCUGGAAAAACUUGUCCCACACCUGGUAGAAGGUCAGGUAUGUCCUCUAAUCUGUGAAAUCCUCGGGCGGUUGGAUGUGAAACUGUUGAAAAGCCUCAUGGAAUAG